CUCUAUUUUUACUCUACUCAGCUUCACUCUCUUCUUUUCCUCAUUUGACACAUCAGCUGUUAUUUUCUCAAUUUUGGAAGUUUUAAUUAGUUUUUUUGGGAAAUUUCUUGUUAUUACAUUAAUAACUAAUUUGUAGGAAUUUAGACAAUUUUAGCUUCUGGGUAUUGCAUCAACUCAAGUUUUUUUUGUCCAUUUCAUCAUUAUUUUGUGACUAAAUUUCAAGGGGGCUGGGGGGUUUUCUAGUAUUUUGAUCAUAAGAAGUUCAAGUUUCAAAGAAAAUGGUAAUGUUCUACAAUGGGUGCAUUCUAUGGAAGUUGUACCUGAUUCUUGGCAAAAAAUCUAGCGUUAAUAAAAGCUUCUAUUUUUGGAUUUUUCAGAUCUUUAAUAGGUAUAGCUUGGGUACCUAGCAAGAAAGCCUUCAUUUCUUUCUACUCUGUUUUCUGCUCUGUUUCCCCUGUUUUUGUUCUGUUUUUUUUGUUACAAUUCAGCUUUAGAAAGACUAUAACUUUAGUACAUAUUGUAUAAUGGGAGGGGCUUCACUUCCUCCGGGAUUUCGGUUCCAUCCAACUGAUGAUGAAUUGGUAGGAUAUUAUUUGCAUAGAAAAGUUCAAGGGCUUGAAAUCGAGCUGGAAGUGAUUCCUGUGAUAGAUUUGUACAAAUUUGAUCCAUGGGAGUUGCCAGAUAAAUCAUUCCUUCCCAAACGAGACAUGGAAUGGUUCUUCUUCUGUCCAAGGGAUCGAAAGUACCCGAAUGGCUCAAGAACGAAUAGAGCCACCAAAGCAGGCUACUGGAAAGCUACCGGUAAAGAUAGGAAAGUUGUUUGUCAAUCUUCUGUGACUGGAUAUAGAAAGACUCUUGUUUUCUAUCGUGGGCGAGCUCCCUUGGGGGAUAGAACCGACUGGGUAAUGCAUGAAUAUCGUCUCUGCGAUGAUAUUUCUCGAGGCUCAUCAAAUUUUCAGGGAGCUUUUGCUUUGUGCCGCGUUGUGAAAAAGAAUGAACAAGGGCACAAGACAGGUGAUUCACUUGUAGAGCAUAAAGCCAAGAAAAUUGCAAGCAGCUCAAGCAAUGUGGAUUUGACUUGUACAGUAACCUCAAAUGAACAGUUAAGCAUCUCAGGUGACAUUUCUUCACAAGGAAGUUACCUGCAGAGCGAAAGUCGAUACUCAAGCCCCAUUGCUUCUCCUUAUCAAAUUACACCAAUGACUAAAUUCGAUCCGCCUCCAACGGAGAGCAAUUUUUCAAGCAUUUGGGUCUCACCUGAUCUAAUUCUUGAUUCUUCAAAGGAUUAUCCACAAGUAUCUGAAUAUCUUCCACAACAUGAGUAUCCAUGGUUCUCGUCCUACUCAAAUUUUACUGGAGAAAUUGAACAUGAACCUGUUGAUUGCAUUGGAUACAUGUCGCCUUACUUGGGUUUUAAUGGAAAUGAGGAUCUGCCUUAAGGACAAGGUUUUGAUGAGACUAGCUCACUAAAUUAUGCAAAGCACUUAUGGAAAAUGAAAAGGGAAAUAUCAUUUUUUAGCUCUUUUUCCCAAAUGCAGGAAUACAAUAUCUUGAAGAUUUAGUGAUCUAGCUUAUAUCUAUGAAAGGAUAAAAUGUUUCCAAGAAAACGCCUUUUAUUGUUGGUUCUUGGAAGGGAAAAAUAAAAGAGUGCAGGUAUAAAACUCCUUCCUUGUGUAUUUAUUAGCAUUAGCAAAUUGGCGUUGUAUUUCGUUAGGUUGUAGCCCUGAUUGUGAUCACUUUUAUAGAUUGCAUCAGGAGUUGGUUUCUAAUUUCCUGUUUGAAAUGUCUUUGUAAAAUAAGCUUCUUCAUGCUUUGGAGCUUACCUUCUAAUAUAAUGUUAUAAAUAUAGAAAAUCAAAUUUUCUCCUUCAUAGUA